AUGUCUCUAUCCAAGAUGCGAUUUGCCCAGAGACCAAUUGGUCUUGCCACAAGACUCUACUCUAGACAGUACUCGACAAGUCAGGCGCUUCCUUCUCGAUGGUUUGCUGAUCUGCAGGCUCAACUGAAGGAGCUGACAACCAACCAAUAUCCCAAAGAAUGCACUGAGCAAGCGCAAAAGUUGUACGCUUUUGCUAAUGAAAACUGGCUUGAGUUACUAGCAGGACAACAAGGGUUUCUUACUGAUGAGAAAUGGCGAGGUAUCGAUAAUCACCAGUUGCUUUGGGGUGACAUGGACAUUCAGGGACACGUGAAUAACAUCAUGUACAACAAAUACGCCGAAACGGGUCGAGUCAAAUUCAUCCAUAACCAGAGCGAAGACGCGACAGAGGAAGAAAAGUCACAAUGGCUCGACCUUCCCACCCCGAGAGGCCUUGGCCUCAUCCUUAGAAGUAUCACAACCGAAUACAAAUUUCCAUUGGAAUUCCCGGAUCGCAUCAGUGUUUUCUAUAAAUUGCUAGAGGCACCGACAUAUGAGUCAACGUCACUCAAGAAGGAAGCUUGGAUCCUGUCAGAGACCCACCGACGUCUGGCAGCGAAAUGCAUCGAGGACACCGCUAUCUACGACUACAGGAUCGCAAAGAAGUCUGUUCUCAAACCGUUCAUGGUUGAAAAGUUCCAAAAGACAUUCAAGUUGCAGCAGGAACGGGAGAAGAAGUAUACUGAGGAGGCGAAUAAGCUUAUCAAGGCGGUUGAGGAACUGAAGACGAAGUAUCAGUAA